AUGGUGUUGCAGAUGUGGAAGGCUACUGCAGGCCACACCGUUUCUGUCAAUCAGGAUGACGGAGCUGAUGACUGGGAGACGGAUCCAGACUUUGUGAAUGAUGUGAGUGAGAAAGAACAGCGCUGGGGAGCGAAAACUGUGAAUGGAUCUGGCCAUCAAGAGCACAUCAAUAUUCAUCAGCUGAGAGAGAAUGUAUUCCAAGAACACCAGAACCUCAAAGAGAAGGAGCUUCAAACAGGACCAAAAGCUUCCCAUGGCUAUGGAGGGAAAUUUGGAGUUGAGCAAGAUCGAAUGGAUAAAUCAGCUGUUGGACAUGAAUAUCAAUCCAAACUUUCUAAGCAUUGCUCCCAAGUGGAUUCGGUGAAAGGGUUUGGUGGCAAGUUUGGAGUACAAACUGAUAGAGUUGACCAGUCAGCUGUUGGGUUUGAAUAUCAGGGGAAAACUGAGAAGCAUCCCUCCCAAAAAGACUACUCAAGUGGUUUUGGUGGAAAAUACGGAGUACAGGCUGACAGAGUGGACAAGAGUGCAGUGGGGUUUGAUUACCAGGGGAAAACUGAGAAACACGACUCACAGAAGGAUUAUUCCAAGGGCUUUGGUGGUAAAUAUGGUGUCGACAAGGACAAAGUGGAUAAAAGUGCUGUUGGCUUUGAAUAUCAAGGCAAAACGGAAAAACAUGAAUCACAGAAAGAUUAUGUAAAGGGCUUUGGAGGCAAGUUUGGUGUGCAGACAGACAGACAAGACAAAUGUGCUCUUGGCUGGGAUCACCAGGAGAAAGUGCAGCUGCAUGAGUCACAGAAAGACUAUAAGAGUGGUUUCGGAGGGAAAUUUGGUGUACAGAGAGAAAGGCAGGACCCAUCUGCUGUGGGGUUUGAUUACAAGGAGAAACUAGCCAAGCAUGAAUCUCAACAAGAUUAUUCCAAAGGAUUUGGUGGGAAGUAUGGUGUACAGAAGGAUCGGAUGGAUAAGAAUGCAGCAACUUUUGAAGACAUUGAGAAACCAACAUCAACAUACCAGAAGACCAAGCCAAUAGAAGCUGUUGCUAAUAAAACAAGCAGCAUCCGAGCUAACUUUGAAAACCUAGCCAAGGAAAGGGAGCAGGAAGACCGAAGGAAGGCAGAAGCUGAGAGAGCACAGAGAAUGGCCCGGGAGAAAGAAGAACAGGAGGAGGCUCGAAGGAAACAGCUGGAGGAUCAAGCUAAAGCCAAGAAACAGACUCCACCACCAUCUCCAGUCACACAGGCAGCUGAGCAGAAGGCACCCUCCAGCCCAGUCUAUCAGGAUGCGGUUUCUUACGAAGCAGGAUCUGCCUACAAGAAUUCCAGCUCAGCAUACUCAGCUGCACGUGAGCCUGAGUCUGGCUACAAAGCUGCAGAGUCAGACUACCAAGAAGCAGUGAGUCAGCAAGAGGCAGAGUAUGAACCAGAGACUGUCUACGAAGUGGCAGGGGCAGGAGACCAUUACCAAGCAGAAGAAAAUGCUUAUGAUGAAUAUGAAAAUGAACUUGGAAUUACAGCCAUAGCCCUUUAUGAUUAUCAAGCUGCUGGUGAUGAUGAGAUUUCCUUUGACCCAGAUGAUAUCAUCACCAACAUCGAAAUGAUCGACGAUGGCUGGUGGAGAGGUGUCUGCAAGGGCCGGUACGGCCUGUUCCCCGCGAAUUACGUGGAGCUGAGACAGUAAAGACUGUUGUCUCCUGGAUAUGCCUUAAUUCCCCAGUCAAUAAACAUGACUUACACACCACAAAUCAUGAUGCUUUUCUGAGGAUGGAGGGGUAUAUACAUAUUGCUUUUAUAUUUAAUACUUUGCUGAUGCUUUUUAAAAUGUUUAUGCCACAGAAAUCGCUAAUAUAUUGUAACUACUACGUUGGUCACUAAGGCUCUUAAAAUUAUUUUUCAUGCAUUUGGAAAUGUUUCUUCUCUGCCAAAUUAGCGAUUGUCAUUAAAAGCCUUCUCGAGGACAGUUAGCUGUCUGUUGUAAUAUUGCAUGUUUUACUCAUAAGUGAGCAGAUUUACUGAAGUGUUUAAGUCUAGUUAGUCUUCCACUAAGUGUUCUCAGCUAAGAAAAUCAUGGCUAUGCAGGUUGUUUGCAUUCCCACUAAAGGGGAGUGGGGAGGACUGGGGAGG